AUGAUAACUUACACGGGUUCCCUGCUAGUGCUUUUUUACGCACUCUACCAAAAUGUUUCCUCUGGAAUACAUAUAAAUGGGGAAAGGAAAAUAGACAACCACAGGGCGGCCGAAGAAUUUAACGUGGAUGAUAUCAAUUCGUGGAUGAAGUUAGACGAUGCAAAUUUUUUAAAUACGUGGACGAAAAAUGUGUCAGAUAUAUCAUUCGUGGAAAGUAAAUCCAUCAAAGAUUCUGGUAGUGUAAACGGAGAUGGAUCCGGUUCUGAAUCAGGAAAAUCGUCCAAAGCAGAUUGGAACUUCAUGGCCGCACAGAACCAACAGGGAACAACGGCCAAGCCAAAAUCGAAUUCCGGAGAUUCGGACUCCAGCGGUUCCGGCCACAAGUCGCCCGCAUCAGGUUCAGGAGGAGGCUCAGGCCAUGGGUCGGUACCCAAAUCGCCAGGCAGCAUAUCUUCACAAUAUUCAUCCUAUGACGGUGGCAUGUCUACCAGUAUUGGCACCAGGGAUUUCGAAAACGAAAUGUAUAGAUUUACAACUAAACACCCCCUGGAAAAGUUAUAUAAAGAAAUGGACAUUUUGACAAAUGAAUACACAAAGUUGAAGGAAGAAGAAGUACAACAUUUGGGUGACGAACAUAAAGAGAUUGCAGAUAAAAGAAAGGAAGAGCGAUUAAAACUGUUGGCUGACAGCGGGCCAGACCCCACCGCUGAAGAUAAAGGUGUGGAUUUUAUAAAACAUGAUCAUACAGAUGUCCAAAUUAAAGGUGGAUUCUCACAAUUCUUGAGCAAUUUAAACCCAUUUAAACAACAAAUAGAACCGAUGAAAAAGGAAAUAAUAUUGGACACCUAUAUUAAUAAAGCUGUCCCAAACCACGAAAAAAUCAUGCAAGAUUUAGGCAUAUCUCAUAAAUAUGAACCCUACCCACCAACCAUUCUUCACACCUGCCCCAACAGUACCUUCUUAUUCGACAACCUUGCAAACUUACAAAAAGAAUUAGAGAGGAAUGAUGAAAAGGAAAAGAUUACGACCAAAAUCGUAGACCAUAAUAAUGAAUGCUUAAAAAAUUUCGGAUUAUUUGAUUUCGAAUUACCAGACAAUAAAACACAACUAGGAAAUAUGAUUGGUUCCCUUGGUGAGUAUCGUGUCAGGUUGUUCGAAAUUGAAAAUGAUUUGUUAAGAUAUCAAACGGAUUUAGAUUAUGUGACCCUCGCAGAUAAUUACAAGUUGGUACAACAUGAUUUACACACUUUAGAGAACAUCAAUUUUUGUUUAUUAAAUCCUAAGACAUUGGAAGAUUUUCUCAAAAAAAAAGACAUCGCGACACUUAUGGGACACGACCCUGUUGCGUAUGAAGAGAAAUUUACAAAAUACAUGCAAGAGUCUAUCAAUUGUCACCUAGAAUCUUUGAUUUAUGAUGAUCUGGAUUCAUCCCAGGAUAUUAAAAUUGUUCUGAACAAUGUGAAAUCAAAAUUAUAUUUGCUUCAAAAUGGGUUGAGUUACAAAAGCAGAAAAUUAGUUAACAAACUGUUUAACGAUAUCCAGAAUGCGCCAGAUGCAGUUUUCGAAAAACUCACAUGGAUUUUUGAACAUAUGUACCACCUAAAGAGAAACUACGCCUUCUUUGCAUUGAAAAGUGUUUGUGACAGAUAUGUUACUCUCCAUACUACUAUCUACGGCUCCUUGCAAGGAAUGACUAACUAUAUUAAGGAAUAUACUCGACUUUACGGAGCCUGCUUUAAAAACGUAAUCAUUUACAAUGCAGUUAUAUCCGGCAUACAUGAACACAUGAAAAAUUUAAUGAAAUUAAUGCCAAGAGAUGGGUUACUCUCCGAUAUUCACAUUGAAGCGUUACUACAGAAUGACAAAAAAAAAAUCACACGAACGGAUUAUGUGCUCAACGAAUACGAUCCUUCUGUCAAAUCUUAUGCCCUUACUCAGUUGGAAAGAGUACCUAUGGUUAGCGUCAUUAACUCUUUUUUCGAGUUCAAGAAAAAGCAACUAUCAAAAAUGAUUGCUCAGAUGAAGUUAGAUUUAUUUUCACUCACAAAUGACGAACUUAAAAUCCCAAACGACAAUGGAGCCACUUCCAAGUUGACUGCCAAACUUAUCAGUAUAUACAAAGCGCAAAUUAAAAAGUACUUCAAGGAAAUGCGUGAUGAUUAUGUUUACCUCAUAAAGACACGUUACAAGGGUCAUAUGAAAAAGAACUAUUUGCUCUACAAGCGACUGGAGUAA